GGUAACAUUUGAGUUUAGUUUGUCGAGAAGCGGGUGAGGAAUAUACCGCAUGUCUGUGUAGUGCUGAAUUUGUCAGAUUUUACACGAGUUUACUUGAGAAUAUAAAGCAGCUUAUGCUUCAUGAUAAGUAAAAAAAUCCGUUUUGAGAGUUGACCUUCUUGACAGUUUUCGUGUUAGUUUUAAAAGCAGCGGGGCGCGUCAUACACCUUUGCAGGAAGGAUCUUUUGCAAGGUUUUCAUUCAAACCAGCGUUUUGAGUAUUGCGGAAAGUUGAACGCAUUUAAAUAUGGAAAUGCCAGGCUGUGAUAAAGCAGCUUUACAGCAGGUGAAUCAGCUUUGGUCGAUGUUAGAUGACAUGUCUGCGAAGAAUCCAGAAGAGUACCGGAAGUUCAUCGAGCGGCAGCUGCGAGAGGGAGCUGACAUGUGUUCAACACCGCAGCCUCACGCCUGCAUACGCGCUGAUCAACUGGGACCUAAGAAGGGGGUAUUAUAUAUUAACAUCUGUGGUUGGAAACGAGUGCCAGCCCCCACUUCUCACCGUGAUCCAAUUCCUUUAUGUGGAGGAAGACUGGAAACCAUCACUGAGCAGAAAGAGUACGGUGUGGUGGAUGUGGCUUUUAACCCGAAAGUCCUGCAAAUAAUAGAGAAAGACAAAGAGGAGAGAGAGAAGAUCCACAUGCUUGUUCUGAACUUCAUUCAACAGCAGAACAAUCGGAAUCUAUCUCAGAGCUACAAACUCACUAAAGAUAAAAUUAAAGGCAGCAUUCAGGAUAUGAAGCAGCGGCUCAUGUCACCAAAACAGAUCAAAUCUUCUGCCAAUGAACCACAAUCUGAACCAGCUCCAUCACUCCUUCAGCAGAUUUCCUCACUACGUUUGGCUGAGAGUAAAGAGGACUCCUCCAUCCAGCUGAGCAUAGAGGGGGAGAAGCCAGAGAGACCAGGUCUUAUUGAGGUGAUAUCCAGCUCAGAGUCGGUCCAGCCUGAGCCAAAGAAGCCCAGACAUCAUCUCACAGUGUGUACUGACAGCAACGGCUCAGGGAGGAGCCUGAAACUGAACGUAGAGCUUCCUGGUGUGCUGUCGGUCUCACAGUGCCAGCUCAGCAUCUCUCAGGAUGAUAUUCUCCUAGAGGUAGAGGAUAUUUAUUAUCUUCACCUUCCAUUACCUGAAUUGGUCGAGGAGGAGACAUGCACCGCAACAUUUAAUAAGAAAGAACAGACUCUAACUGUUACAGUAAUUGUGUUAUAA